UUUUAAUCCAGCACGCAUCUGUUCUAUUCAUCCAGUGUCUAUUGUCAGAGUCGAACCUGUUCGUUUUAAAAACAGCGGCCUACGUGACUAACACGCCGCCCUGUACCCACGUGGCGCUGCACGGGUGCACCGCUAUUACCGUAUAUAAUUUUUAUUCCGGGAGAAAGCAAAACUGCGUGCCGGCAGAAGGGGAAGACUGGCCUGAGUGUACUUUAUUUUAACGUUUAAAUAGUUGAAAUGUGUGACGUUUUCUCCCUCACGGAAUGCGAUGUUAUCGGUUUUGACUUGGACCAUACUCUCUGUCGUUACCAUUUGCAAGAAACCUGUAGGCUCCUUUUUGAGAGCCUGGCUAAGUAUCUGGUAGAACACAAAGGCUAUGACAAGGAUCUUCUAAAUAUAACCACUGAAGGCUGGGAUUUUUGCUUUAAAGGUUUAGUUUUGGACUUUGAAGAGGGAAACCUGAUUAAAUUGGCAGAAGAUGGAACCAUAUUAAGAGCAACCCAUGGGACAAAAAACUUAAGCACAAAUGAAAUUGUUCAGCAUUAUGGAAAGGAACGGAAAUGGAAACAUUUUAACAACUUAAAUGGUACAUUUACAAGGUCAGCUAAAUAUUAUUUUUAUGACAACUACUUUGACCUUCCUGGAGCCCUGUUGUUUGCAAGAGUAGUGGACUUAUUACAGAAGAAUGGGAAUCAGACUUUGGCAGAUUUUUCAAAGGAUCUUAUUUCUGCUAUAGAUCACAAUUACAAUAUUUCAGCAUUUAAAGAAAAUUCUGGCACAUUUUUUCCAAGUGUAAAACAAGACCCAGGCAAAUAUUUACAGCGCUGCCCGGAUUCUGUUAAGGCUUGGCUGCAAAAUCUAAAGAAUUCUGGGAAGGUUCUGCUAUUAAUUACUAGUUCUCACAGCGACUACUGCCGACUUGUUUGUGAGCACAUUCUUGGACAUAAUUUUGAGGAUUUUUUUGAUAUUAUCAUUACAAAUGCUCUGAAGCCUGGAUUUUUUUCACAAAUUCCAAAUCAGAGACCCUUCCGGAAUCUCGUGAAUGACAUAGAAGACUGUAAUGGUCUGGCCUCACUAGACAAACCUGGCUGGUACUCUCAAGGUAACUGGACACACCUCAAUGAUCUGCUCAAGAAAAUGACAAGAAAGUCUACACCCAAGGUAGUGUAUUUUGGAGACAGCAUGCGCUCUGAUGUUUUCCCAGCCAGUCACUAUGGAAACUGGGAUGUUGUUUUGAUCCUGGAAGAACUUGAAAGUGAAGUCAUCGAAGAAAAUGAAGUUAACUCUAAAGACAUUAGUGCAGAACCUUUAGAGAAGAAAGGAAAGUAUGAAGAACAAAGCAUUAGGAUUCCUUCAGCAACUUCCCAUCAGUGGGGCUCCUACUUUUUGGAUGACUACAAAGGUAUAAAUGAACUGGAAGAAACACAGAAGUAUACUUGGUGCUGCAGCUGCAUUACCACGUAUAGCACUAUCGCCAUUCCAAGUAUUGAAGCAAUUGCAGAACUUCCAUUGGAUUUCAAAUUCCAGAGGUUUUCGUCACACAAACCAAGAACCGUUGGAUAUUACCCAAAAGCCCCUAUAUCUCUUAUGAAGAGCCGCCAGAAGGAAUAAACGAUUAGCAGCUGUAAACCAGCAAACCACCACUGUUAGAAAAAACAAAAGUGUCUGCACAUUAUUGAUGGGUAAUGCUGUACAACUUUGCCAGAUGUUUGAGUCAUUUUCAGAAUUUAUUGAGCUUUACAUUAUUCUGUUUUACAUUUUGAAAUUUUUUAAUGCUUGAUUGUUAAAUAUCUACAUGUAAAAUGUGAACAUUUUCCUCUCUAUGUAUCAUCCCAAUACAUAAUAUUUUGCAUAUCAAUUUCUUCUGUUAAACUUCAUAUUUCUAGAAAAACAGCAACAUACUAAUUCCUAAAAUAUUUAAGAUUAAGAAGAAGUGUUAUUGUAAAGUGCAGACACAGUCAGGGUUAUUAGGGUUCCUGGCAAGAUCUGAGAACAGAAAUGUGGAAUUAUAUACUAUAAAUCAAAAUAAUUGCUAAUUUCUGAUGCUUGUUAAUAAUACAUUUUUUUAAAUGACAAAUUGGCUGAUAUUCUCAAUAUGGGUAAGAAAACUGUGAACUACUACUGCACACAACACUUGCCUGAGCCAUGGUGAACAGCAGAAUAUUUGGAGCAGAGUGUAACGAUGCUGUUUUUCAUAAUUUGAAUUUAGAUAGGAGCUUAUUCUUCAGUUUAUUUAGCCAUAUGUGUGUUUUCUCAUGUAAUACUUGAAUUUACAUGUUUAUGCAAAACUGUGCCAAAUGAUAUGACAAAAAUAUCUGUCUACAUUCCUUCAUUCCUCUCAAAUGUGCCAAAACAAACAUAUUUUUCUUUAUAUUUCCUUACCAUCCAUAUUUUUGCCCACUAAUAAUAAACAUUUUAGAACCAUAGUUAAUUCUUAUGUUGCACAGAUUUCUAUUUACUUGACUUAUAAUUUGACCAGUAGUACAUUAUACAUUGUGUAUUAUUUGUAAUGUUUCCUGUAACUUGUUCAGGAACUUUAAUGGGCUGACGUGUAAAACAAAAACCAGUAAAUGAAUGUUAUUUGUUGUCUCACUCUUAACUUGAAUAGUCACACAUAUAAAGUACAGAAAUAUAUAUAGUAAGUACAGUAUAUUUCUUACAGUUAAGUAUAACAAAGCACAAAACAUUCUUUUAUUUCAACUUCCUCAGCUUUCUUUUAAUUUUAAGUCUUAAUCACCUUCAUGGAGGUAAUAUGUUAAGAAAAAAUCUGAUAGUUUUUGCCAUUUGCUUGAAUGUUAUAAAGUUAAUUCUGUCAGAAAAAUAAGUUUACACUAUGCACAUUUUGUCUCUACAAAACAUCAGUACACAUCUGAGCAUAUUUCAAUGCACUGUUGCAAUUAGUUAUAACAUUAAUCAUUGCAAAGUCUAACGUUGUCAACCAGUGUAUGUACAAGUAAUGCAGUGUAUGUUAUUAUGCAACAUCAAAUCACAGUGGAUUUAUUUUGCCUUUUGCCUUAGCAGAAAAGAGAUCUCUGCAAAGUGAUUUAAAUUAAUUACAAACAUAAAACACAAAAUAAUGAACUGCAUAAUUUUUCAUGGCCUUUAAUAUGACACAUCCACAUCUUCAGUGGUACAGCCAAUUGGUUUUAGAAAUCAUAGAAUUAUUUCAAUGGAGACCACUUGUCCAUAGUUAAGGGGGUUGAAAUGGCUGUAGUAUACAUGCCCCUGUAUCUGGAUGGUCCAGCUUUUGGUGAGCGAGUAUGGUGACCUGAUCUACACAAUGAAGACAAAAGCACACUCCAGGCAACUCUGUGAAAAGGUGAUUGAAAAGCACAAGUCAGUGGAUGAAGACAAGAAAAGAUCCAGGUUACUGAACACCCUUCAAGUCCAGUUCAGUCAGCCAUUAAGAAACUGAAAGAGUAUGACACAGCUGUUAUUCUGCCUAGAAUAGGCAGUCCAGAAUAUCGGAGUGACCGUACAAGAAGAAGACUUGUGAGGAAGGCCAUCAAGAGAACA